AUGGUGGCGCGGCACGGCGCGGAGGUGAUCCACAGCAUGGACUCGACCUCCAUGCCUUUGCGGGGUCAGAACGUGGGCCUGAGCGCGCCCACGCCCAGGCACAGCGUCUCGCACCAGCAGUGGACGAACGGGUCGCCCACGCACCAGCCCAUGGACGACGAGGAGGACAAGUACGCCAAGCACGCCAAGGUCCCGUCGCCGCGGACCCCGCCGGAGAUGCCGAACGGGAGCCGAUGGGGCACGCGUCGCGCGACCAACGGCUGGAUCGGGUCGCGGUCCCCCUCGCGCGGCGUCGCCACCUUGUCCGGCAAGGGCGCCGGCCGCGGCAGGCGAAAGAAGCGGUACCCCACCCUCGCCUUGCUCGCCGCGCUCAUGGUGCUGUGGGUCUUCGCGCCAGCCAUCCACCACGUCGUCACCGGCGUUCACAAGGUGUUCAUCCGGGGGUACCUCUUCAGCAUCGAGAGGCCGCACCACUGCCUCCCGUCCACCCCAGCCCCGCAGGACCUCGCGGACGACGACCCGAUCGCGAACCUUCCCCCAGCCGACCUCGCCGACCUCCCGGGCGAGAUACCCGCGAAUCGAAAGCCGAAGGUUGGCAUCGUGUCGCUGUGCGACCACAACGUCGACGCCAUCUGCGCCGCGUCCGUCGCGAACAAGCAGGCGUACGCGGACAGGCACGGGUACGACGUCAUCGUCGACAGCGAGAUCAUCGACGAGUCCAGACCCACGUCGUGGUCCAAGCUCCUCGCGAUGCGAAAGUAUCUCCCGUACUACGACUACCUCUUCUACGUCGACGUCGACACGAUCAUCGCCAACGUGGACGUCAAGCUCGAGGACAUCGUGGACUACGGGUACGACCAAAUUCUGGCGGCGGACAGGAACGGGCUGAACUGCGGGGUGUGGCUCAUACGCAACACGCCGUGGUCGCUGUGGUUCCUGGACGAGAUGUGGGCGCAGGAGCAGCUGGUGGCGCCGAGCACCCGCGUGCUGUUCCACUACGAGCAAAGAGCGAUGCACUACCUGUACCAGUCGCGGGUGUGGCGCAGGGCGGUCAAGGGGGAGCCGUACAAGGGGGCGAACACCAUACGCGCGAGGACCAAGGUUGUGAACAGUUGCGUCUUCAACUCGCUGCCGGCGUGGUACGUCAAAGGGGAUUUCGUGGUGCACCUGGCGGGUUUAAAGGGCAUCGCCAAGUGCUUGGCGUUUCGUCACUACUACGGCACCGCGAGGCGGGAGAUGACGGAGAAGUACGGGGCGCUGACGGACGAGGCGAAUGUGGAGCCGCCGACGCUGACCACGUGCCUGUUCGGGAGGAUAUGA